UUACUUCAGGUGUCCAACAACGCUCUCUCAAAGGAUGGUCGAAGGGCUUAGGCGUACCGCCAGAGCAUCAAGUCUACGAGAUAAAUGUGUCGUGGUCUUCGACGAGCUUACAACCGUACUCGACACAGUCUUCCAUGCUACAGAUAUGGCAAUGAGAGAGCUCCGGGACGACGGCGGAGGUAGACCCUUCGGCGGUGCUGGCAUACUGAUCGUUGGCGAUGGACUUCAACUUC